GACCCGCGGGCGGGGCUGGCGCGCGGCCACCCCCCCCUGGCGUUCACCUCCCCUGGCCCGGCCGCGGCGCGGGAGACCCGCUCCGAGCAAGCCCCGGCCGCGGGACUCCCGGGUCUCGGCGCUGCGCGUGUCCCCGUGGCGGGGUCUCGGCAGGGAGCGGGACUCGGGAUGGUUCUCCUGCCCCUGCUGUUGGUAGCAGCCUCGCUGGGAGAGCUGAGGGCUGCGGCGGCUGAACCAGCUGGUAAAGAAGAAACGAUCCAAAUAGAUUCACCAAAAAUCAGACAGAGGCUGUAUGGGCUAGUGACUCCGAUCAGCACCAGUGCGGAUGGAAGCUUUAUCUCCAAUAUUCUUUCCGCAAACCAUCAAAGAAGAUUAACAAGGGAUGUAUCCCAAAGCCCCAAACAACUGUAUUUUAACAUCACAGCUUUUGGAAGGGAAUUCCAUCUCAGGCUGAGGCCUAACACCCAUCUGGUGGCUCCAGAGGCUGUAGUGGAAUGGUAUGAAGACUUUGUGGAAAGUGGAAAUGGAACUGAGGCUGGUAACAAAAGUCAGGCUAGAAGCGCAACAGAGCGGAUAUGGAAAAAAGAGCCUCUGUGGACCAAUUGUGCAUAUGUUGGAGACAUCACUGAUAUCCCGGGAGCAUCUGUUGCUAUUAGCAACUGCGACGGUCUGGCUGGAAUGAUAAGAACUGAUAAAGAUGAAUAUUUCAUUGAACCUUUGGAAAGAGGCAAACAAAUGGAAGAAGAGAGAGGAAGAAUUCACGUGGUCUACAGGAGAUCAGCUGUAACACAAGAUCCCGGCGACAUGCUCCUAGACUUCCAUACGGAAGCGUCUCUUCUCAGCGGACUGGAUGGUCUGGAUUCCAUGUACAGCAACAUAGAGCAGCAGCUAAAUGAAACGCUGAGACGACGCAGGCAUGCGGGAGACAAUGACUACAACAUUGAAGUGCUUCUAGGAGUGGAUGAUUCUGUAGUCCGAUUCCACGGCAAAGAACAUGUUCAAAACUACCUCCUCACCCUUAUGAACAUAGUGAACGAAAUUUACCAUGAUGAAUCCCUUGGUGUCCACAUAAAUGUGGUGCUGGUGCGAAUGAUAAUGCUGGGAUAUGCAAAGUCCGUCAGCUUGAUUGAAAGGGGAAACCCCUCAAGAAGCCUGGAGAAUGUUUGCCGCUGGGCCUACCAACAACAGAAGUCGGAUCCCAAUCAUUCUGAGCACCAUGAUCAUGCCAUUUUUUUAACCAGGCAAGAUUUUGGGCCUGCUGGUAUGCAAGGAUACGCUCCCGUCACUGGCAUGUGUCACCCUGUACGAAGCUGCACUCUCAACCAUGAGGAUGGGUUUUCUUCAGCUUUUGUAGUUGCCCAUGAAACUGGUCAUGUGCUGGGAAUGGAACAUGACGGGCAAGGGAACAGAUGUGGAGAUGAGACAGCUAUGGGGAGUGUCAUGGCUCCUUUGGUGCAGGCUGCAUUUCAUCGUUACCACUGGUCCCGGUGCAGUGGCCAAGAACUCAAAAGAUACAUACACUCCUAUGACUGUCUCCUUGAUGACCCCUUUGAACACGAUUGGCCCAAACUUCCUGAACUGCCAGGAAUCAAUUAUUCCAUGGAUGAACAAUGCCGCUUUGAUUUUGGUGUUGGUUACAAAAUGUGCACAGCGUUUCGAACCUUUGACCCAUGUAAGCAGCUGUGGUGUAGCCAUCCAGAUAAUCCAUACUUCUGUAAAACUAAGAAAGGGCCUCCACUCGAUGGCACAGAAUGUGCCCCAGGGAAAUGGUGCUAUAAAGGUCACUGUAUGUGGAAGAAUGCUAACCAGCUGAAACAGGACGGCAACUGGGGAUCCUGGACAAAGUUUGGCUCCUGCUCACGGACCUGUGGUACUGGCGUUCGCUUCAGAACACGCCAGUGCAACAAUCCAAUGCCAGUCAAUGGUGGUCAAGAUUGCACCAGUGUCAAUUUUGAGUAUCAGCUUUGCAGUACAGAAGAAUGUCCAAAGCACUUUGAGGACUUCCGAGCACAGCAGUGUCAGCAGCGUAAUUCCCAUUUUGAAUAUCAGAAGAGCAAACACCACUGGCUGCCGUACGAGCACCCUGAUGCCAACAAAAGAUGCCACUUAUACUGCCAAUCCAAAGAAAUUGGAGACAUUGCUUAUAUGAAACAACUGGCACAUGAUGGGACUCGCUGUUCUUAUAAAGAUCCAUACAGCAUUUGUGUGCGUGGAGAGUGCGUGAAAGUGGGCUGUGACAAGGAAAUUGGUUCCAACAAAGUUGAAGAUAAAUGUGGGGUCUGCGGUGGAGAUAACUCUCAUUGCCGAACGGUCAAAGGGACCUUUGCCCGAACUCCCAAAAAGCCCGGGUACCUUAAGAUGUUUGAUAUUCCCCCGGGUGCUAGACAUGUGUUUAUCCAAGAAGACGAGGCUUCUCCUCACAUUCUUGCCAUUAAGAACCAGGCUACUGGACACUAUAUUCUGAACGGGAAAGGGGAGGAGGCCAAGUCACGAUCCUUCAUUGAUCUUGGUGUGGAGUGGGAAUACAACAUAGAAGAUGACAUAGAAACUCUUCAUACUGAUGGGCCUUUGCAUGAUGCUGUUGUUGUAUUGGUCAUUCCUCAAGAGAACGACACAAGAUCUAGCCUGACUUACAAAUACAUCAUUCAUGAGGAUUCAGUACCCACGAUCAACAGUAACAAUGUUCUUCAGGAUGAAAUAGAUACUUUUGAGUGGGCUUUGAAGAGCUGGUCCCAGUGCUCCAAACCUUGUGCAGGAGGUUUCCAGUACACGAAAUAUGGGUGCCGCAGGAAAAGUGAUAACAAAAUGGUUCACCGCAGCUUCUGUGAAGCCAGCAAAAAACCAAAGCCUAUUCGUAGAAUGUGCAAUCUGCAGGAAUGCACACAGCCACUUUGGAUAGCAGAUGAAUGGGAAUACUGCACAAAAACCUGUGGGAGUUCUGGUUACCAGAUCCGUACUGUGCGCUGCAUUCAACCUCUUCACGACGGUGCAAACCGCUCUGUCCAUAUCAAGUACUGUAGUGGGGAUCGCCCUGAGAGCCGCAGGCCCUGUAACCGAACGCCAUGCCCUGCGCAGUGGAAAGCUGGACCCUGGGCUGAGUGUUCUGUGACCUGUGGGGAAGGAACUGAGUCCAGGCAGGUCACAUGCCGUGCCGGUGACCAGUGUGAUGGAGAAAAACCUGAGUCAGUGAGGGUUUGUAAGCUUGCUCCCUGUAAUGACGAGCCCUGCCUGGGAGACAAGUCAAUAUUCUGUCAAAUGGAAGUGCUUGCACGCUAUUGCUCCAUCCCUGGCUAUAACAAGCUGUGCUGUGAGUCUUGUAGCAAGCGCAGCAGCACCCUCCCGCCACCUUACCUUACUGAAGCUGCUGAAACCAAAGAGGAAGUGAUGUUCCAUCCUAGUGACCUACCUAGGGCCUUGGUGAUGCCGACAUCUUUAGUACCUCAGCACGCAGAGGUCGCUGAUGAGAACAGAAGUUCUGUAGGCAGGAUGCCUAUGGAAGAGGACAUAGAUGUACUUGUUUCUACAUCAAAUAGUAAGUCCAAAGGUGCUGAGUUACCCCAGAGGAGAGCUUACCAAGCAGGAAGUCAGACUUCUAGGCUGAUUGCAAUGCCAUAUCAGUCAUCUACCAAGAUUGGCAAUCUGUCCCCAUAAUGCAUCAGCCUUGGCAGACAUUGUUCCCAUGGGUAGCAGUUAACAACACUUCUGCAGGUGCUCUUUCUCCAGCUAGAACCUCAAGGAAAAAUGAGAAGCAUGUUGAAAAGAGACAUGCUUUGAGAUCAUCCACGGUGGAAAGAUAAAAGUGAAUGCAAAAAGGAGGAUAGUAACAGAAAUCUUUUGUUCAGGACACCAUGGUGCAUGCUGCUUUCCAGAAGCAGAACUCUCUACAGAUCAUUUUAGUUGUAAAUAAAAAACAAAGUGCUGGUUCACUUUCUAGUUGCUGCCAUCCUCCUACACUUCAUUAUCUGGUUAGCUUGAAUGCAUGGGAGGAGGAAAGCACCAAAGAAUAUUCACAUCAAUGAAAGAAAGUUGCCGAGUGUGGUGGUCAUUCUCUAGUAUAGGAAAAGUGGCCAGAGCCUAUUUUGCACAUCAGCUAAUCAUUUGUUUUUAUUUUUAAAAGAUCACAUGUGGGGGGGGGGAACACCACCACCAGAAGAGGUACCAAAAGUUUACACUUUUACAAAAUAUUUUUGCAGUGGAACAACAGAAUCCAUAAGACUUAUAUUGCUAAUUUAUCUAUAUAAACAAAUAUUGUAUGAGCAAAUUUUCAGCUGUUGUGUAUAUACUGUAUAUUGCAGAAAAUCAGUAUUAUUUUUAAGAGUUUUGUGCUGUCAAACAAUUGUUUACCUAUGUUACAUUUCUGGACAUUUACUAGGUGCCUGCCAUUGAGUACUGCCUUCCUUACAUUCCGGGAGUUGAUUUUCAAAGCAGCAUUUUAAUAAAAAGAGGAGCUCCAUUUUAAUAUAGAUUACAGCUACUGACCUUAGGAAGAUCGUUAUUUUUAAUAUCAACAAUGUGAUGCUUUUUGGGGGGGGGGGAGAGACUGCCAUCUUAUCGGUCCAAACCUACUCAUCACUACCAAUUAAAAAAUCUGUUCAGCAGCAUAACAAUUUUAAUCACAGGUAGAAGAAACUGACAAAAUGUGCCAGUGAAAUCAAUACUAACACCCUCUACUUAGCAGGCAUUGCUUAGGUCUAGAACUAGCAGUGCCUUCUCUGAAUUCUCCUUUUGCUUAAGAGGGACAGACUAGUGUAGUAAGUGAGAAAAUUAACCGUGUCUAUGUUAUAAGUACUGUAUUGUUCACAAGACAAAUGUGAGUUGUGUUUUCUGGAUGAGCUGUUUGCUUCUGAAGCUGAAAGAGCAUCACAGAGCUAGAGUAGGCACUAAUAAGAAGUAGCUGUGGCAAGAUUUAAAAUGGAUGUUUUUCCUAAUUAAAGCAGUGAUUUAAAGGCAAGAGAGUUAUUUUUCAGCAUGGUUCACCUUGAAAUCUCAACAACCACAAUGCAUCUGACUGCAAUAAUUGCUAGUAAUUUAUGUCAAUAACCAUCUUUCUCAGUUCAUCCAGUCAUGCUCUCUCCUGCGUGUUGCUGUAAAGAACUUGUAUAUAGGAUUGAGAACUAAAGAUAUUUAUUAAAAGUUGAAUUCUUGAUAGUAUUUUAUGUAUGAAAUAUUUACACUAAUAGCCAAGAUAAAAUAGAGAGAUGUAAUUAGAUACAUGUACAUGCUAUAUCAUAUGCAUAGAACAGAAAUUGAAGCUAACUAAACUACUGUAGAUGAAUUGUUGGUCUAAUUUCUUUUUUUUUAAAAUCUUAAGAAAAGCCAUUGUCAAUUACAAACAUCUUUAGGUUUUUAAAUAGUUUACUAAAGUUUGAUGUGCAAUUUUUGUCCUGUCUGAGCAAACUGUUUAAUAAAACAGUGAAUUUGUAGCACUAAAAACACAAUGAAAUAUAUUAGGACUCCAUGGAUCACAUUUUGGAAACAGACUAAGAAAUGUGUGUAGUAAUUUUCCAGGAUUGCUGAGAUGACAUUAGAAUGCAAAUCUCUUUCAGGAGACCCUAAUGUCAACUAGAAUGUAGGUAAAUUAACCCUCAAAAGUAAAUAGGAUCAUGUUUGUUUUGCAUUAUGAUGUUUGUAAUCUAACCCACUGAAGUAUUGACUUGAUGCCUCUAAAGAAUUGCUGCUACUUUUAUGCAAGGCUUUUGAAGGUCUAAAGAAAUUAGCAUUAUAUAGAUUGUGUACAGACAAUCCCUGAGCCUCAAACAGACCAACAGGAUAUGGGUUUGCUUCCCUGGAAUUCCCCAGAAGUCAAAUUCUCUCUCUCUCACACAUAUAUACAAUACGGAUGUAGAUACUCCUUGUACCUUUUUGCUUUCUUUUCUACCAAGCUAAUUUCUCUUUCAUUAAAGUGUACACUACUGAUCCUGUUUGUUGUAUUGGGGAGCACCUAGCAAUAAAAACUUUAA